UGGAGAGAGAGAUGAACUGAUUCUGGAGAGAGAGAGAGAGAGAUGAACUGAUUCUGUAGAGAGAGAGAGAGAUGAACUGAUUCUGGAGAGAGAUAAAGAGAGAUGAACUGAUUCUGGAGAGAGAGAGAGAUGAACUGAUUCUGUAGAGAGAGAGAUGAACUGAUUCUGGAGAGAGAGAGAGAGAGAGAGAGAGAGAGAGAGAUGAACUGAUUCUGGAGAGAGAGAGAGAGAGAGAGAGAGAUGAACUGAUACUGGAGAGAGAGAGAGAGAGAGAGAGAUGAACUGAUUCUGGAGAGAGAGAGAGAGAGAGAGAUGAACUGAUUCUGGAGAGAGAGAGAGAGAGAGAGAUGAACUGAUUCUGGAGAGAGAGAGAUGAACUGAUUCUGGAGAGAGAGAGAGAGAGAGAGAUGGGGAUUUUAAACAUCACACAGCAGACCCCACUAGUCCAGGCGAUAUUCAGUCGAAAUGUAGAAGAGGUGAAGUUUUUAUUGCACAAGAAAGAUGAUGUCAAUGCACUGGACCAAGACCUUCGCUCCCCUCUGCAUGCUGCUGCUUUUUUGGGUGAUGUUCGCAUCAUGGACCUUCUCAUCAAGUCAGGUGCUCAUGUUAAUGCUAAGGACCAAGCAGGUCUGACUCCACUGCAUCGGGCCGCAGCUUCCAGGAACGAUAGGGCAGUUGGGUUGCUGCUGAGUCAGGGGUCAGAGGUUGAGUCCAGGAGUCGGCUCGGCGGUCAGACGCCACUUCAUGUGGCCUCCUCGAACCGAGCGGUGAGGUGCACUGAAGUUCUGCUGCCUCUGAUGAGCACUAUGGAUGUCGCAGAUCAGAACGGAAGAACAGCUCUGCACCACGCAGCCUACAGCGGCGACAAAGAGAUGGUAAUGUUGCUCCUGAGCAAAGGUGCCAACCCGAGUGUGAGGGAUAAUAAAGAGCGACAGCCUCUGCACUGGGCCGCUUACCUCGGAUAUUUGGAGAUUGUGAAGCUCUUGCUGUCUUACAGUGUGGAUGUGGCGUGCAGAGAUAAACAGGGUUACACACCUCUCCACGUAGCUGCUCUCAGCGGCCAUGUCGACAUCGUCAAGCACCUGCUCCACCUCGGCGCUGAGAUGGACGAGGCGAAUGCGUUUGGGAACACAUCUCUGCACAUGGCGUGUUAUAACGGUCAGGAGGCUGUGGCUAACGAGCUAGUGAACCGCGGCGCUAACGUUAACCAGCCUAACGCCAGAGGCAUCACUCCACUUCACCUGGCCGCUGUGUCUACGAACGGAGCGCUGUGUCUCGAGCUGCUCGUCAACAACGGAGCCGACGUCAACAUGCAGACUAAGGAGGGGAGGAGCCCUUUGCACAUGGCCGCUGUUCACGGGCGCUUCACUCGAUCCCAGAUCCUUAUUCAAAAUGGUGGGGAUAUAGACUGUGUGGAUAAAUAUGGCAAUACUCCUCUUCACAUUGCUGCUAAGCACGGCCAUGAGCUGCUCAUCAGUACACUAAUGACUAACGGUGCUGACACAGCCAGACGGGGGAUUCACGGGAUGUUUCCUCUGCACUUGGCCGUGCUCUACGGGUUUUCAGACUGCUGUCGAAAGUUACUCUCCUCAGGUCAGUUGUUCAGUAUUGUUUUGUCUUUGAGUAAUGAGCAUGUCCUGUCUGCGGGGUUCGAUAUAAACACCCCGGACAGUCUGGGGAGGACCUGUUUACAUGCUGCUGCCUCGGGAGGAAAUGUGGAAUGUCUGAACUUGCUGUUGAGCAGCGGUGCUGACUUGACCAAGACGGACAUCAUGGGAAGAACUCCUCUGCACUACGCAGCAGCUAACGGGACGUACCAGUGCACUGUAGCGUUAGUGAGCUCCGGCGCCGAGGUGAACGAGCUCGACCUGAACGGAUGCAGCCCCCUGCACUGCGCCGCCGCCUCACACACCUUCCGCAGAGUGAAUUUUGGUAAAUGCUACAAGAACAAGCAACUUAAGUUCAUUGAUGAAGUUCGCUUAGUCGACGCUGAUAAUCAUCAGGGCGAUAUGCGAGAUAAAGAGGCCCUGCUGUGUUUAGAGUAUCUGCUGGAUAACGGAGCUGAUCCAGGACUCAGAGACACGAAAGGCUUCAGUCCUGUUCACUAUGCAGCCGCCUACGGCAACAAACACAACCUGGAACUGCUCUUAGAAAUGUCCUUUAACUGUGUGGGAGAUGUGGAAAGCAGUUUCCCCGUAAGCCCUUUGCACCUCGCUGUGUGUAACGGUCAGUGUGAGGCGGUGCAGCUCCUCUCUGAGACGCUGGUGUGUGUGGACGUCCGGGACAGCGCAGGACACACCCCUCUGUAUCUGGCUGCUCGGAAGGGUUCUCUGUCUUGCGUGGAGGUUCUUCUGUCACACGGAGCUUCGUGCUGCACCCGAGAACACGCCGGAAAACAGACACCGCUUCACGGAGCAGCUGCCAGAGGACACACUGACUGUUUGUACUCGCUGUUGAGCCGAGCAGACAGAGAUGACCUCAUCGACCUCACAGACGCGCAGGGGCAGACGGCUCUGAUGUUGGCCACGCUGGGCGGACACGUCGACUGCGUGCACAUGCUGCUCGAGAGAGGAAGUAAACCUGACGCAGGGGACAGACGCAGUCACACCGCACUACACAGAGCGGCGGUGCUGGGCAGUGUGGAGUGUGUGUCAGCGUUGUUAGAUCACUCAGCCUCCCCUCUGUGUCGGGACAUUCGGGGGCGGAGCUCUGUGCACUUUGCUGCCUCAUGUGGUCACACCGAGCUCCUGCAGCUCCUCCUCACCGCCACGGCUCAGUCCGACCCUCUGGACUCUCUACUGGACUACAGCAGAUUCACACCUGCUCACUGGGCUGCUUACCAUGGGCACAACCAUUGUUUGGAAAUUUUACUUGAAUAUAAACCUUUAAGUAUCCAGGAAGGGAACCCCUUCACCCCCCUGCACUGUGCACUAAUGAAAGGCCACGAUGCUGCUGCUGAGCUGCUGGUAAAAACGAUGGGCACCGAAAUCAUCAACCUCAGAGACGCUAAAGGAAGAACUCCACUGCAUGCAGCAGCUCAGUCAGAGAAAGUGUCCGGGUUGCAGCUGGCUCUGUUCUGGGGGUCAGAGGUCAACUCGGUGGAUUAUGAAGGACGUUCGGCUCUGAUGGUGGCUGCUGAGAACGGCCAGACGUCUGCUGUUGAAAUCCUCCUCCAGCAGGCCAAAGCAGACUUGUCACUACUGGACAUCAACAACAACACAGCACUACACCUGGCCUGCAGCAGAAGUCAUGAGAUGUGUGCACUGCUGAUUCUGGCUGAAAUCGAAGAUCCUUCCCUCAUCAAUGCGACGAACAGCGCACUGCAGAUGCCGCUCCAUAUCGCAGCGCGGAAUGGUCUGGCCACCGUGGUGGAGGUGCUCCUGAGUCGAGGUGCUACAGUACUGGCUGUAGAUGAAGAAGGUUGCACCCCGGCGUUGGCGUGCGCCCCGAACAAAGAUGUGGCCGAGUGUCUGGCGCUGAUCCUCUCCACCAUGAAGCCUUUUCCUCUUAAAGACGCCGGCAUCAGCAUGUUAAAGCACUGCAGCAUCGCUGCCAACCAUCAUCCUUUACCAAACGGCUACAGCAAGGAGCGCCACGGCACCGUAGGGCUCGACAGCUGAGACACACACACACACACAUUUCUCACACCUGUAUACCAUCUAUACAACCUACAGCCAUGUUCGAAAGCCAGGAAUGUACCUGUGUGUGUGUGUGUGUGUGUGUGUGUGUGUGUGUGUGUGUGUGUGUGUGUGUGUGUGUGUCGGGGGAGUACAUUUCAACAAACAGACCUGUGCAUAUGCAAAUAUUUGCUCUUUCUCACCUCAGCACACUGAAAACAGCAUUUAAUCUGAGAUAUUUUUUUUUUUUUUACCUGAGAUGGAAGGCUGAAGGUUGUCUAAACAUUUCUACAAACACAAUAAUUCUGAAGUCGCAGUCAUCACUAAUCACUCGCUGUAGCACAGAGUCUCUCUGCAUCGUCUCAGAUAUUUUCUCUGAAUAAAAAUCAAGCGAUAAAAAAAAUCGCAAGGGAAAAGUCUGCUGUGAGGACGAGCUAACAUUUAAAGAGACCAUAACUCCGCCCUCUUGUUUUCUAUUGGCUCACACAUCCAAGAUGCCCACUGAAGUCACGUUUUCUCCAGAGAUCAUUUAUUCCUUAUUAUUUGAUGUUUGACGUCUGACUGAGACGCUGAUAACUGCAACUUCAGAAGGUUAACCGUGACUGUUUAAUUUCUUUUUAAAUUUCUUGAAAUAUCUCCAGAUGUUUUAGCGAUGUCCAGUGCCUCUGCUUGUGAUGAGUGUGCCCUUACUGUCUGUUACACUGUUUUAACCUCUUUAAUUUUAAUCUCCUGAGAUUUUUGUAAUGAAAUGAGAGGAAAACGUCCAUACACACACACACACACACACACACACACACACACACACACACACACACACACACACACACACAGUUCAUUAGGUUCAAAUGGCCUCAUUCUUUAUUUAUUUACUGGUUAAUGCCAUGCUUUGCACUUCUUUUCCUCCAGGAGAUACCUGACGUGUUUGUGAAGUCGGGCUGACCCGAACAGCAUUUUACAGGUUUCAUACUCAAAAGUCUCACAAGUAUUUAUGUGCUAUUUAAUACAAUUUAAUAUAAUAGAUAUAGAGCUUUCUUACUGCAGUUCAAAAUAUAUCCAUUAGGGGGCGUAUAUGAUGUGUGUGCGUGUGAUAGCACAAAUGAACUGAGAUUCUAUUUAUUUAUUUAUUGUUUAUUAUUGCACAAACAACAUCAAUAACGUGAUCCUAAACAAAUAAGCGAGAUGUUGCGUCUGAUGUUGCAAAAUUCCGUAUAAGCUGUCGUUUAACUAAAAACAUAUCACCUGUUUACUUUCAGCAAACUUAAAAAUAUCCUACUUCAUGAGAGCCGUACAUUUUCAGGGCUCUGCGCGCCACACCAUGUUUUCUGUCCUGCAGCUUUUUAAAGCAAUAACACUUGAUUUGGUUGAAAAAAAUGUUUAUUCGCCGUAUUUUAUUCGUUUGUCAUAGAUUAACUGAGGGAUUAAUUCAGGGAUGCAUCUGAACACACCUGUGUCUGAUGUCUAAGUAGCGCUAAAUAGAGAAACUAAUAACGUAAAAACGUAACGAAUGAAUAUUCGAGUGUUGGGUUCUUCGGGCCAGCCCUGGUGUGAAGGUUUUCGGUAAAUUGUGACUUGCUAAAACAAGACACUAAAUGAUUUUUUGUGUUUCAGGUUCGCUGCUAUAAUCAUGCUGCCUUUCUUGAUUUGUAUUUUUUUGUUUUGUUUUGUUUUAAUUUUGUUUGUUUAUGAGCAAUAAUUGUCCAAAAGAUGACACAUUACCUCGAAUUUCUGAACAGUUUUUCUGAGAUCAGAAAAACUGGGAUAUUUGCACAGACGACAGAGAAAACGUUUGCACACAGCAGCAGUGUUUAUAGUGUUUCGAAAAAUCAGAAAAAUCGUGAAGAAAAGUGUGUGUGCUGUCAUUCUAUAACAGAAGUGCCAACACUGGUCAUGAGAACGAAAAGAAAAUUUGACCACAAAACCCCGAGUGUGUCUCUGUGAGCAUGCUGAGUCCAUGCUAACAGUAUAAAUGAUGAACUUUUCUGCGAUCUGCAGAGGAGUGAGCUUACUUAAAGGUGAACAUCACCUGAGACACGCCUUGAAUCAUGACUCUUACACACACACACGCACACCGAUUCACUGAGCCACAUUCAGUGAGUCCUUUCUCAGCUCAAAUCAAAUCCUGGACACAACAGUGAGCCGUUUGACGUGAAUCUGGAAUGACUGACAGUUGUCUAGUUAUUCUAACACCCCUUUGGAAGCCCCGCCCCUUUCCUUAUCUCACAUUAGUAAUGUUUCAGCCGGCGAUCUCGUCUCCACUCGACCUUCCCGCUUGGAAGUUUUGCUAAUGUGGCGUCCUUGGGUAAACGGACCAUGUUUUGAGUUCACCGAUGUGAAAUAAAAUCUAUCAGUCAGUCUGAUCGACUCGGUGAACAUUAAACAAGUUAAUAGCGAACAUCAUUUACACAUAUUUGGCCCAUUCUAUAAUUGUGGGUACAUUUCAAAUGUUGAAAGAAAACAAAAAAAUUUGAAUCAUAUUUUUUCCACUAAAUUUUUUAUUGUCAUAGAACACAUUUCAAAUUUAACAUUACAAGUAUUUUCAAACCUUAAGAUAAGACAAAUUUUAUUCAUCCUUUGGUGGGGAAAUUUUAACCUGUAAGACUUUAAGUAUUCAAAAAAUUUAUUGUUAACCUGGGUUAUCCAUUAAUAGAACUGAUGGUAACAGAGUUGACAUCUUCCACCAUUUUGUGUCUUAACUCCACAUUUCUAAUCUCAAACUAGCUACCACACAGCAUGUAUAAAAACAGAAUUGUAUGCAUUUUAAUCAUGUUAUUGUUUAAAAAAAAGAGUGAGAGAUUCACUCCAGUAUCACAAUAACAGAGUUGACGAAUCAUUAAUCUCCUGUUCGUGUAUCUUCAACAUUUUGUUCAAAUUAAUGAGAGAAGAAACAGAACGUACCUCACUGCCUUUCUGAAGCUUCCCGCCACAGAAAGUGGCAUCACUCGAUGCAGAUGUCAUGCAUCUUUGUAGAUUAAAAGUCUUUGUGGAUUUUAUGCAGCUUUGUAAUAGAGUUGACAAGAACAUUGGGACGGAUAAAAAAUAUUUUUUAUGACUGAAAUUUCACAUGAUACAGAAAAUAGGCUUUCUGUUAAAACUGCAAUUGAUUUUAUAACAGUUAAUAGAAUAAACCCCAAAAAACCAGACUGUUUGACUGAAUCACUUCCUGUUUAUUGGAGUUGAAUGAAUGAAUCAGGAGUCGAAGACAGCCAGUAAUGUCGGGGGAGGGGUGGGAGUCAUUUAGUUAAUGUUUUAUGGAUAGAUUGAGUCUAAAAUGUACAACAAACAUCACUGUUGGUGAAACUUUGUCAUAAUUUACAUUAUUGUUAAAAACUGAUUCAUUAAAGAUUUCUUUUGUGGAAAAUAACAAAAGGUUUAUCUCGGAGACAUGAAAUGUACCCCGAAUUCUAGAACGACCCAUUUAUUCGGGGUGAUACCAGAAUUUUGUCCAAAAAUAUUUCAAGAGGAUAAAGGCUGGAAAUGUUGAUUAAACAGCAGUGCAAACUGUCUGCAUGUGUGCAAACGUGUGUUUCAACAAGGCACAUGACACAAGUGAUUGGUGAAAAUACUAUAAUAUAUAUCGAAAAUGCACUGUUUACGUUCACGUUUUUUAAUUCUCUAAAGUUCCUGGGACUCAUUUUAUUUGUCUUUCAUUAGAGUUAGGAAUACUGUUAUUUAUAUUCAGCUAUGUGCAAUAACACACAUAUUUAUAUAAAUACUGUACCUCGUAAAGGUAGCAAACCCAGUAUUUGUGUGUGUUAGUUAUUGUGUAGUGUGUAAAUGCGUACACAAACAUGUAUCUCAACAUCAGGAGUCUCAAAUAAAUUCCUGAAAGAUGAAAAUUCCCAGUAGCACGGAUUCUCACACUGAUUUUGUGCAUUAAGAGACGUUUUUGCACUAAACAUCACUACAGAAUAUUUCACUCAGCAAGUUUCAAGAAACACGACAUGUUCAAGUUUUCCACCAAAUUUCAGACAAGCAUGAGAACCAUGCUCAAUUACACAUUUUUUUUUAAAUUAUCAGUCAGUAAGAGUUCCUUAGUUCAUUUGCCUCCAUAUUGUUUUGCUUUAAAAUGACUUUUUAAUUGAAUCCUUGACAAUCGGCAUUUAAAGGGCUUUUAAUAUAAACGUUAUAAGUAUGCAUUAGCGUGUUCGAGUGUGUGUGCUUGGGUGUUUUUCCUCUCAUUACAGUACGACUGAAUGCUCUGACAACAUACUGCACUCAUUUAUCUACUCAAGGGCUUCUCCAAAACCAACUCCAUCUUUCCUUUUCUUUUCUUUCGUUGUUUUUCAAAUACACACACACUGCAUGGUACACACUACACUUUGGAGUCAACACAUCUCAAACCAAACUCUGACGUUUUGCACUAAACAGAACUUGCUUUAAAAAUUUUAACUUUGGGAAAAGAAAAAAAGCACAUUUUAGUAAACAGUAAAACAUCAGCUGAACAGGAUGCUAAAAACUAGCUCACCGUAGCUACAAGCUCGCUCGCCAGUAGCUUUUCCCAUUUCAAGAAAUGCAACAAAUUCAAUUACAUUUUUAAGCAUUAAUUUUUUUAAAUCAUUUUUUUCAUGUUUGUCCUCGUUUGCUGUUCAUCAUUUGCGUUAACUAAUUUUGCCACACCACAAGGGGGCGCCCUACAACUGCCAGAUAUGUAAACCGUUUCACCAAAUGGAUGACAAGUGUGCUCCCCCCCCCGCAUAUCAAUUUUAAAAACUUAUGGCACCCCCUUGUCGAUCUUGGAGCCCUAAGUGAGUGUUUAUCGCAAGAAACGGCAUUUGAAGUAAACAAAAGGAGCGCAGAUUUCAUUUUUUUCUUAUUUGCAUAAAAAUAUAGCGCCCUCUGCUGGCUCUGACCCUUUCCCUUCUACAUCAAGUUACACAAAAGCCUUCUAUGCUUUAUUUUUUGGUGUAUUGUAUUUUUGGUGCACUAUUUACUACACGAUACACUACUGCACUAUUUUUACUGCUUGAUAUUUCUCAGCUCAUUAUACCUCAACUUCACACGUACGAAGGAGAAAUAAUCAGUACUUACAUUGUAUCGAUAGUAUCAAUGCUCUGUAGAAUGCUAAAAUGGCACAGGGUCACAGAUUUACACUGCGUCGAAAUGAGUCAGGAUGAAACGAGUGGGCGUGGCCUGUCCAGCUUUCUGAGCUUCGGAUUAAAGUUAAAAAUAGCUAAAAGCUGCUGUAUCGUCUAUAAGUAUCACUGUCAUUUUGUAAUGUGUUUUAGUUUCUGUUGCUUUAAGUGUUAUUAUUAUUUUUUACACUGAGUUUCUAUAAUUAUCCAAAACUAGUAAGAUCAUUUUAAGGCCUAUUUUGCGCAUAUUUAAUAAACAAUUAAGCUGAAUGUUGGUAAACUGAGGACUAAAGGCAGGUGAUACGGUUAAAAAUAUUACACCACAAUACUUCAGGACAGGUUCAUGAUACACAGUGUGUAUUGCGAUGAAGAGUUUUGCGCAGGUUUUGCUAACUGUAGGGUUGAGAUAUUUUUGUCCAGAAUUUUUAUAAAUUUAAAUAUUUCAGGAAAUGAAACUGUCUUUAAUGUCCAGUUAGGUUUUACAGCAAAUCACAAAAGGUCUAUAAAGUCACAGACACCUGAUGAUGAUAAUAACGAUACUUAGUCACUGAGAUGUUAUUGUAUCACAAGAUCAGUAUCAUAUCAUUGUAUCGUAUCGCCCAGCCUCAAGCGUUUACUCCAGCACAUCAUUGGAAAAUGAGAAUGUUGGUGCACUUUUGUAAGAAAUGAACAGUGAUGUGAGAGUUUGUUGAGUGUGAACGUGUUAAUGUGAAAGUAGAGAUGGAUUAGAGUAAAAUGUUGCAUGCUUCGUGGUCAAAUUGAUUCCCCGACAUGAGGAACUCAGCAUCAAGCCUUUUAUAUGAUCGAUGUCUGAGUAAAACUCAUCAACAAGCCAGGUAGCGACCUGAAACUGUCAGAGAUACCAGUUUCAAUUAGAUAUUUCAUGUUUUUAAGUCCACACACAGAUACGUGCUGACGUGCCAUUUUAUUUAGCAGGAAGUCACCUGGGUAGGCAGCGUAAAGAACAAUUUAUUUAUUCUUAGUCAAAUUUGAGAUCCUCGAUCAAGGACAUCAGAUCAUUCUGUUCACCAGCAAGAUACUGAAGCUGUUUUUCCACCCGAUGAUGAUGAAGGCUCCUAAGCAAUUAUUGGACGAGGUUGAAUAAAAUAUCGUAAUUUAUUAUUGGCAAGCAAGCAAUUAAUUAUUUACUGAUGCCGAAGGCAGAUACUAACAAAUCAUGAUAUUUUGUGAAAACCGAGUUCAAUAAUUGUUUUAUCAUUCAAAUUUUUUUGAAAUACUGAUUAUAAAGUUCACGCAAUGAGUCAAAUGAUAAAGAAAUUGAGCCGUGUUAGCAGGUAUUAUUUGUGCGUAUUAUUUGUAGGCAGUUAUUUGCAGUUCGCUCAGCCAAUCAAAAUGGCAUAAAAAUAAUUUGAAUGAUAAAAGUUAUUAUCUUGUGAUAUUGAAAAAAAGAAAAGAUUAGCACGUCUGUUGAUCUUCUGAAAGACGUCGGAUUUGGAUCCAUCACAGCUCCUGGGCUCAGCCCCUCAUUUUAAGUUUACAAAUUAAAAACUUACAAGUUUGAAAAUUGUCUAAUUUUUUCUAACAAACUAUAAAGUCAGGUCCUGGUGUACUGCUUUAGAGUUCAUAAGCAGCAUGUUGUUAUCGUCCAACAGAGAUGAUUAAAACAGACAAAUAUUACAAAUCUGAAGAACAAAUAAUGAUGGAAUCACUGAAAAGGGGAUUAGUGACAUCCGUAAGGCUGCUUUCACACUCACCCCAGAGACUGAUGUUAUAAGUUUUCUACAAUCAGACAGGAAGUGACUGCUUUUAAAAAGUUUCCUGUCUUUUUUAAAAAAUGCUUUUUCUUCCAAAUUAAAAAAAAAUUAACUUGUCAGAAAAGCACUUAAAUGAUUCAAGAUGUUUAUUUGUCAUAUACACAAUAACAGACACAGCGGUUAUUAUUGGGUAAUGAAAUUCUUAUUUUGUAUACCCGACCAAACUAUGCUUACUAAUAUAAAAAGAAAUAUAUGUAAAAUACGAAAUAAAAUAUAAAGUGCAUAUGCAAUGCAAAAUAUAAAAGUAGAAUGAAAAUAAACAUAAUUAAAAUAAAGAAUAACAAAUAACCGAUGUCAAACGUUUGACGGUCCUGACGAAGAGGCGAGUGUGAGGAGCUGAUUUUCAAUUUAAAAAAAAAAUAAGUCAUAUAAAUAGGUAAACUAACUGAAAAUAAAUUCCACUUUGAUUCCUAAAACAGUCAUUUCUUUUUGCGCACUUUUAUCCAUGGGUCUGUAAUCGCUAUAUCAGUGCGUGUGUUGGAUUGUUGUAAGAGUUCAGAGAGGACCUGGAUCUUCACCGUGUGUGUUUCACUCUGGGUGUGGAUGGGUGUGUGUGUGUGUGUGUGUGUGUGAAUAAUUAGGUGUAGUCCGAUGUAGCGGUGUAGUCGGCGGUGUGGUUGCACGACGUACACAUGACUUUGCACUGCCUUUAACGAGUUGCCAAAAAAAAGCAAAGGUGUAGUGAUGGAUUAAAAAGCAGCAGGUGUGUGUAGGAUGGGACUUGUAAACGUCUAGACGUCUCCACUGAGCCACAUUCAAACAGAAACGUCUGACAUGAAGCUAAAAAGUGCCACACUUACCCGGCUGAAAUUUGCACUAGAACAGGAAACGGUUAAUAAAAUGUGUGAGUUUCUGUUCGAUUUGUUUUUUCCCCUCUGUGCACAGUGGGACAUGUUUAAAAGUCAAGCUCAGGAAUUAUUUCCUCUCUUUAUUCUCAAUUAUUCCCAGUGUAGUAGUGUAAUGUAGGAAUGUGUCGAUAAUUAGUAAGACAUUAAUUAUAUAUGUUCCAAAAACAGAAAAUAACGCAGCUGCUGGAUUCUUUAAUACAGUUUGUGCAAUCUUACAUGAAUAUCCAGGGAAAAAAGAGCAAAUUAAUUUAGCAACAUUUUUAUGCCUAUUCUGUAUCAAUAGAAAACUCAUAGUGCUUGUUGUUGCUAUGGCAACAUCUCACACUGCCUGUUUCUUCAUCUAUGGAGCUGAAGGCGGGGCUUUACUGAGCUCUGUUUCUGAUUGGUGGAGAUUUUUUUUUUAAAUCGAUGCGCCAAUCACUGAGCUUCUGGUGGAAAUUCAUCCAGCGUUCAAUGGAUGGGCAUUGUUAAUUAAUUACUGAGAUAAAAGUUUUAAAAAAAUGGGUGAAGAAGAGACAUUGUGCUACAUGCAUUAGGAAUAACAUGCAGGAUUUAUUAUUGAUUUAUUCAUUUAUUUAAUCCAGCAUGGACUUUUUUUUGCAUUUUUUUCUAAACACACGAGCAAGUAAAUAGAGAAAUUUAUUUCAGCAGCUACUUCAGUUUCCUGAGUGUUUCACAUCAGAAACAUUUCAAAGAGAAGAAGAAACACAGCUCCUCUGUUUAGAUUUAAAAAGUUUGGAAAAUAAAAAUCUGAUGCGCAUGCGGCUUUAAGGACAGAAAAAGUUUACAAAUGAAAACGUGUCCCUUAAACACUUGAUUUCUGAAGGUUAAAAUCCCGCGUUUACCUCCGUGCAUGUUUUGUGUCCCUCUUUACUUGAAGAAUUAGUUUACGGCAAUAAAAUGCUUUGUUUUGUAUUUUGGAUGAGAUUUAUUUUUAAGGAAUUUGCCUUAAACGUGUAGCGUGAACGCGCAGAGUGAGAGAGGAGGGACCGAGAAGAGCCAAGCACCGCCCCCAAGGGCGCACAGCCAAUCGUAAGGCUCGGUACCACCCCCAAGGGAACACAGCUAAUCAAAUAAAGACAUCAGAUUAUAGAGUCUGAGUCGGUGCUUUUGAUUCGUUUGCUAGUCAGGUUACUUUAACUAGCCGUUUAGUGAAGGGCUGAGAAUGGCCUUGUUAAAAUUCUUUCCUUCUUUAGUCAGAAAUUCAGCGAUGGAAAAAUAGAAGCAAACAAAAUGAAGUGUGUGUGUGUCGAAAUCACAAAAUUCACCCAAGUUUCAAACAUUGUGUGUGUCACAUCUGCGGUGUUUAUUGUCUUUGUUUUGUUCAUCCGUCAAAAUCUCCACAACACACUGCAUGUUUGAUUCACUUCCUGCAGGUGAGUCGAUUCAGAGUCGAAUCGUUUUCUCACUAGGAUUCAUUCAGAAGCAGAUCCAAAUCUCAUCUCUCAUUCUCAUCUCAUUAUCUGUAGCCGCUUUAUCCUGUUCUACAGGGUCGCAGGCAAGCUGGAGCCUAUCCCAGCUGACUACGGGCGAAAGGCGGGGUACACCCUGGACAA